GUUCAACCUUGAUGUGAUAGCCAUUGGAAUGGAUGAUCACAAGAUUCAUUCGUAAGUACCUAUCUCCGGUCUUGUUGUUUCUGUGGAGAUUUCGUAAGCAGAGCAAUUCAUAUUAUGGAGGCCACCACUCUUUGCCACAUCAUCAACUGCAUCAACAACCAACAAUCACAACUCACGGGAAAGCAUUGAACUCGUCCAUUAGUUGCUGAGAACCAGGGUACCAACAAUUAUUCUCUUUCUCAACCAUCAACAAGCCGGACUCAAGGGCUAGGUGAAGACAGAUUCUGUCCCAGACUCCCCGCCAUGGCCGAUCUGUCAUUGAGCGAACGCGACACCAACGUCCUCGAGAAGAUCAGGGACCCAGAAUCCAACCCGUCUGCUGGCAUUUCGAUUGAUCCCUCUCUGCCAAGCGAUCCUCAUAUUCUGGACCAGUCCACAUAUCUGCAAGUCUCGCAACGAGAGAAGGAGAUUGUCUUUUCGGUGCAACAGGUGGAGCUCCAACUUGCUGGUCUCCGACCGAAGUCAGACCAGGGUCCAGUCGAUGUGUAUCGUCAAGCUCUAUCAAGUCUAGAUGACCUGAUCAACGACCGCCCUGACUAUGCGAGUGCGCGAAACAACAGGGCGCAGGUCUUGAGACGCCUGUAUGGAGACUCGAUUCUGGUUUCGGAGGCACAAUCCCUUCCUCAGGCGUUGCUUCAGAGUGUUGGUGAUGCCGAAAGGCAGCAAGCAGCAGCAACACUCCUCGGGGAUCUCGAUCAGUCGAUCGCGUUGCUUUCGCCCAGACCACACGGCUCCCUUUCCCAACAGGCCGCGAGGACCCUGUCAAUGGCUUAUACCCAACGAGCUGCCAUAUAUCACACAACGGCGAAACUUCUGGCUUCGGCAUCGCCGUCGGUGGACUCGCGUCGACGGGAGCGGGAGUGGAAGAAACUCGAGUUCGAGGAGGCAGCGUCAAGGGACUUCGCAAUGGGCGGAAGAUACGGGAACGACGUCGCCAAAGGGCUUGCCGUUAGCACAAACCCGACAGCCAAACUUUGCGGUCAGAUCGUGAGAGAGGCGAUGAAGAAAGAAUACGGCCCUGCCUUCGCAGCGUGAGUCAGGCUGGUCGUUGAAUAUAUAUAUUUGAAGCUGAAGAUGGCAAUCACGCCUGUGCGUAUGAUAGCAUGGAAAUGCCGGAAAUAUGCGCGUAUUGUCGGGAGAUGGCAGGGAGCAUCAUGGGCCAGAGCGCGAGGCAACGGGCAAACACGUCAUUGACCGGCCUUUGGGAGCCCAACGCGCCUUGGAAUAAAUAUGUUAGCAGAGGAUCAUCAUUCGAAGGUUCCAUAUCAAUGAAAAGUCCCAAGGAAUCAUACCGGCGAG